UGGGAGCUCUACAGCGGAGAAUUUCUGUCGCCAGGAUAGCCAUAUUGAGCGGUUUUGUCGCAUCCGUCGGCUUGACUGCGUCGGCAUUUACGAAGGACAUCGUCUUGGUGUCUGUAACGCUUGGUGCAUUAUACGGUCUUGGCAUGGGCAUGUUUCUCAUGUCCGUCUCCAUUUACAACCUCAUGCUUUUUGAGAAGUACAAAGGCACAGCCAUGUCAAUGACUUUCCUCGCCUGGGGCGUCGCUGGACUUUAUGGUCCCGUUUUACUGGCUUGGCUUCGGGACACUUACGCUCUCCAAGGAGGCUUACUCAUAUGCGGUGGCAUAAUUUUAAACUCUGUACCUCUGGGCAUGCUUCUAAGAAGGCCUUCACGCAUCAACUUCACCAGCCUAAAAUAUGCAAUAAGUAACUUCUUGUUUCGGAGGAACGCCACUUCUUCCAAAUCGGUAAAGUCAGCGCCACUUCCACUCGAUGAGCCAGGCUUCGCUGUGAGCAGCAUUCCUGAGAAGAUGCAUAGCGAAGCAGAUAUCAUGAAUCCGAACCUACAAAUGUCUGCCAUUUCACACCCACCAGAUGUCGAAGAAGCUGAGGCAGACUUACUUGACCGCGGAAUCCUGGUAGAAGAUGAUUCAUCUUUUGUUACGUCUGAAACCAAACGACAACCAGCGCGCAGCCUCUUGAAUUCUUUAGUAGCAGUGCUGAGAACUCCUGCCUUCUACGUGUUUUUGGCUGCAACUGUAGUGAGCGAGUACUCCCUUGUGUCUUUCGCCACAACCAUAGUGGACUACGCAACCGACAAGGGCAUCGAGCUGUCCGUUGCAGCGCGGCUCGUAAUAUUCGGCGCAGUCGGCCACAUACUGGCGCGCAUAUGUAUCGUGCCACUGUCCGACUGCGCGGCAGCCAGUCGGUUGCCGAUGUACGCUUGCGCCUUUGCUGUCGAAGCUGCCUCCACCGUGGCAAUGCCACACGUGAGGUCAAUGGCCAUCAUUACAGUCCUGCGGAUCGCCGAAUCUCUGGCGCAAGGCUUCGUCAUCUCCGUCCGGGGUAUCCUGCUGGCUCAAUACUUGGGCAUCGAAAGGGUGGCGACCUGCUCGGGUGUUUUCGGACUGGCCAUGAUCCCGGUGUCUCUCAGUAGCCCUACAAUACUCGGAUACUUCCGUGACACCAUGGGGUCAUACGACCCCUUCUAUCUGAUGAUGGCCGUUCUCAAUGCAAUCGUGGCCGCCGUGUUGGGCUUGUUCUUCGUUUACGACUGGAGACAUAAGAAGCGACAAGAAGUGGAACGGUGUGGUUCAACGCAUCGAAAGCCCGACAACGAGCAGCCGCGAGCCGAACCUUCUUAGCCGGCAGAAAAUUUACACGAACAAGAUUUCGUCAUUGUGGAUUAUCCCACGAUAUUAACGAACCUGCUAUUAGGUAGCAACACGAGGGGAUCCGUAGAUAACUCAAAAUGAGAACAAGAGCAAGGAAUUUAGGCGCUGCUCCUAUGUUAUUUUAUUUUGGUUCUGAAAACGAUAUAAAUUUGUUAAAACUGUACUUAUAUACCAUUCCUAAAAGUUUCAUAACCUAGCGUAGGUGUGUCGCGAAUAAUGCGCACUUCUUUUAUCUGUGGCUUUUGUGUGAACAUCCGUCAAGAAAUUGAAGCUGUUAUAAAAAAAAAUAUGCAGAGGUGCCCAAGAGGUGGAGAAUAUAGUGGACAAUUCAAGUAGCUGUGUUGUAUCACAUCCUUGAAAAGCUAGAUUUUUUGCUGUUCUAAAUGCUUCUUACUGUCGUAGUUGCGCCGCUUUUUACCACGAUGUGUUCCCCAAAACCUUGCCAGUGUUUUCCUCGAGUGUUACGUAGAAUUGUAUGAUGUAAUAUUUAUACUGGGAUAUGGCACCCGUAACGAAGUGCAGGCGAAUUUAUCAAUAUCAAGACAAGCUCUCCAAGUUGGUGUGCCUACGUAACAUACACUAUUUAAUACAGAUUACCUUUUUCGGGGAGGCAGUUUACCACGAAUUGCACAUUUUGCAGAAUAGUGUGAUUAGCAAGCAGAAAAUUCACUUUUUGCUAGUGUUACUAACAUAAACGAAGCAAAUUUUUGGCGCACACUGCUUACUAGAAACAAUUUGCGUACUUUGAAAUUUGUGCGCAGUGCGAUUUAUUCUGAAGAAAGAUAAAAACGCGAUGUGUUCUCAAGCGAUGCGAACGCGGUGUUCUUACUGCAAAAUGUGCUCCAGUCCGGAUGAACGUUUCCACGGGAUACACAUGUGAACAAAUAUACGAACAUGUGCAGGUAAAACCCAUGCACAUUCGUGGUACUGAUGCAUUUCUACUACCUCUGAUGUAGCGCAUGCAUCGUUCGUAUCGAACAUUGAACAAGCAGACUAUUCAUGUUGCACGAAUAAUAUCUUCCAACGAGCUUUUGUCGCUAGAUUCAUCAGUCUUGGCAUGCAAGUUAACACGAUUGUAAAUAAAUUAAUUCUAAGAUUACAAUAAUUUUCUUCUUU